AGACAACCAGGAACUCGGGCUCAGUCUCCACCCCGAAGUGGGGCGGGUCCGCCGGGAUAAGACGCGCGGCUCGGCCCCGACGAGGCGCGUCCUCCGCAGCCGCAGAGGGAGAGCGCAUCGCGGCGUGGUCUCGGCGCGGCAGAGGAAUUUCUGCUGGAUCUUGACCCAGAAACAUGGCCAUGGCAACCAAAGGAGGCACCGUCAAAGCUGCUUCAGGAUUCAAUGCCAUCGAGGAUGCCCAGGCCCUGAGGAAGGCCAUGAAAGGACUUGGCACAGAUGAAGACGCCAUCAUCAGAGUCCUGGCCUACCGCAGCACGGCCCAGCGCCAGGAAAUCAGGACGGCCUACAAGACCACCAUCGGCAGGGAGCUGAUAGAUGACUUGAAGUCCGAACUGAGUGGCAACUUCGAGCAGGUGAUCAUAGGAAUGAUGACACCCACCGUGCUAUAUGAUGUGCAGGAGCUGCGAAGGGCCAUGAAGGGAGCUGGCACGGAUGAAGGCUGCCUGAUUGAGAUCCUGGCCUCGCGGACCCCCGAGGAGAUCCACCGCAUCAAGCAGACCUACCAGAUUCAAUAUGGACGGAGCCUUGAAGACGACAUUUGCUCUGACACUUCAUUCAUGUUCCAGAGAGUGCUGGUGUCUCUGUCAGCUGGUGGCAGGGAUCAAGGGAACUACCUGGAUGAUGGUCUCGUGAAACAGGAUGCCAAGGACCUGUAUGAUGCUGGAGAGAAGAGAUGGGGAACAGAUGAAGUGAAAUUCCUAACGAUCCUCUGUUCCCGAAACCGAAAUCAUCUGUUGCAUGUUUUUGAUGAAUACAAAAGGAUAUCGAAGAAGGAUAUUGAGCAGAGUAUCAAAUCUGAAACAUCCGGUAGCUUUGAAGAUGCUCUGCUGGCUAUUGUAAAGUGCAUGAGGAACAAAUCUGCAUAUUUUGCUGAAAGGCUUUAUAAAUCUAUGAAGCAGGGCUUGGGCACCGACGACAGCACCCUCAUCAGAGUGAUGGUUUCCCGAGCAGAGAUUGACAUGCUGGACAUCCGAGAAAACUUCAAGAGGCUCUAUGGAAAGUCUCUGUACUCUUUCAUCAAGGGUGACACAUCUGGAGACUACAGGAAGGUACUGCUCGCUCUCUGUGGAGGAGAUGAUUAAAAUAAGAUCCCAGAAGGACAGGAAGAUCCUCCACACUGAAUUUGUUUUUUCUUUUUUGGUAUUGGGGAUUGAACUCACAACCUUGUACUUGCUAGACAGGCACUUACACCACUGAGUUAAGUCCCCAGCACUCUGAAUUUGUUUUUAAACUUCAUUUUUUCUACACUACUAUUAGCAUUGUCUCAGAAUGCUUAUUUCCAAUUAAAACACCCACAGUUGCUUUGGAGGGUUAGAGUAUAUUAUUAUCAUCUACAAUUAGUCAUUCUGAUGCCUUAAAGCUGUACUUGCAUUUCAAAGCUUAUAAGACCUAAAUGAAAAUUUAAAAUUAGAAACUACUUCUUGUUUUUAAGAUUAUUUCCUCAUUUGUGUCACAGAAAUUGAAUAUAUUAUUUCAUAAUUUCUUUUUUAGUAAAAUGCAUUUUUAAAUGAAAGAUUAAAACAUUGUUAUAAUUUUCUUCCCUAAGCCUACUUUUAAAGUGACUAAUAAUUUCUUUAUUUGAAGUUGUGAACAUUCAGUUAGUAAGAAUAGCCGUCUAUUUUCUAUUUGUGUAUCCUCGUAGACAGAAAGCAUCCAUAAAUCUCAUUUUGGUUGUGUCUAUAGUGUUAGCUGACACUUAUGAAGUUUGGAAGACAGUAUGGAGGACUGUUUUUAUCUCAUCAGACAUUGAGAUCAUUUUCUUCAGGUCAAAGUGUACUAAAAUCAAUUCAUCUGAACAGAAUAAAUUUUAAGUUUGGUUAAGCAGCUAUGUGUGUGAUUAUCAAACAUAAGUCCUGAAACAUUCCAGAAUAUUAUGGUUAAUGUCUUAAUCUAGUUUAAAAGGGAAUGGGGAAAAAAAUAAGCUUCAAAUGCAAUAAUUCUGGUAAUAGGAUAAUGUUCUGAAUUUUGCUUGACUUAAAAUAUUUUGUACUAAUAUUUUUAAAAUUUUUUAUUUUGUUGAUUUGUAGUAAUUUUCAUAUACACUGUGCCUUUUCAACCCCAUCACCAUUCUAAAAAUGUACUUGGAUGUAAUUAAAAAAUUCAGUUUGUAUACAACAUGGAAAAAUAAUUUUAAUAAAAAAUGAUGGCUUUCAA